AUGGAGGGCUCUUUUCGUUCUCGUCGUUCCCAUACCUCGCUUCAUCAUAUCUCACUUGCACCAUUGACGUCCAGAUUUCCUCUUGAUGGGGAUGAUGGACCUGAUCCCGAUUACAUUUAUUCAAACGAUGACGAGCGGGAGCCCUCCCGACGAUUCCCAUAUAGUCCUCACCAUGCCACAUCGUCUUACCUUGCCAGUGCUUCCGUGCCUGCAACACCGCCGAUACUGUCUCGCAACACCUCAUAUACUAACCUCUCAAAACGAAAAACCACUCCAACAUUGCCCCGAAUGAGUCGUACAAAGUUGGACAAAAUGGACUCGGAGCAAACUCGCCAUCACCGCAGGUCUAAAAGUUCUACUACCUUGAGACCAAAAUUAUACAGCCCUGCUACCCACCAGGAUUCUGAGUGGCUCCUGCGAGCGGGACUGGCGUUGUCGUCUUCCACCCGUGAAGAAAAGGGACAGAGUUGGCUUGUAAAGCGAGAUAGCUCAACUAGUCUUGUAUCCGAGGAAGUUCCAGAUAAGGAGCGGCGACGCUACUCUCAUCUUUCACAUCGUAACUAUAGUCGGAGACAGCGAUCUGGACUAUCAACGCCCGUUGCUCUCUCACGGCGGGCCUCCAAUUCCCAUAUGGCCAGCAAAUUUGGCAGCCGAGUAGACCUUUCUAUGACAGCAGCCAGCCUCACUGAGCAAACCUCUGAAGAUCGCGCUUCAAUAUCCGAUGAUUCUGUGGGACUUGUACCGGACUUUGUCGAUGAGAGCCUACACAGCGAAAUGGCCGCAAUGUCCCCCGGCCACAUUAGCCAGGUAAACACGCCAAGCCACGGAGGAGACCACAAUUUCGAUGACGGGGUAUAUCAGACCAUAUCGAGACGAAAUUCCGCAUUUGAUUCCUCAUAUUCGGUGUCAACCUCAGAAUUCUCGGAUUCGGAAACAGACGAUGAAGAGGAGGUGGAUGAGGCUGAAAUGAAACGUUUGACCCGUGAGCGCGGGUUGGGCCUUGGUAGAUGGAUAGAUCGUCUAGUCGAAUGGACUCUUUUUAGUGUAGAAGAUGAGAUCCCUGGUGUUACCGCCGAACCUUCUCGUCAACCUCGCCAGUUUGGUGAUAUUCAACACCAAAAUUCUGUUGAAGAACCAAGCAACAAUUCUAACCAGGAUGAGGAGAGUUCAGAAACAGAAGGUGAAAAUCAGCAGCAGGAGGCAGAUGAAACUUCAGUGGUGCAGCUCAUAGAAAAUCCAGGUGAUGAGGGUGGAUGGUCUGAUGUUGGCUGGCUGCUUCGUGUGGCGAAGAGCAUCGCUUUUUAA